CAUAGUUAAUGACGUCGCUCACUUGGCUUCCGGAGAGCAGUGAAGACCUGAGAGCUGAGCUACAGGAAGGCUGUGACCUGCACUCUUGAGCGGAUUAUACCUGUUUAUAACGUAUUAAUAACACAGAUUUACAUUUAAUUUGUUUAUCUGAUUUCAUUUGAUUGGAUAAUGAGCUCGAACAGUAGCUGGUCUGCAGAUGAGGAUCAGUCCUCGAAGUUAAUGAGGAAGGCUAAAGAGUCUCCGUUUGUCCCUAUAGGAAUGGCGGGCUUCCUCGGAGUCGUAGCAUACGGAUUGUACAGGCUGAAAUCUCGUGGUGACACGAAAAUGUCUGUCCAUCUGAUCCACAUGCGGGUCAGGGCUCAGGGCUUUGUGGUUGGCGCCAUGACACUUGGUGUGAUGUACUCGAUGUAUAAGGAAUAUCUGGCUCCUGAUAAGUGAACCUGCAGCACUGAUCCACAUCUGCACUGAAUUUAUUCCAGCUGUUUAUUUAUUCACUUUAUUUACACACAAAUAAACACUAAGGAAUAAACUGUAGUUUAAUUUUAACACAAAGUUCCUAUUAAUCAUCACAGAUAUAUAUAAAAUUUUAGAUAGGAUUCUCACCAGAUUCAAUCAUGGAGCUGUAGGACUUCAGCUUAAAGCCAGUUCCAGAAGUAUUGGCACCCUGGGUAAAGAUGGGUGAAAAUGUCUGUGGUUUUCUUCAAUAAGGCUUUAUUUUUAUUUUACAAUAAAUAUAAAUUUACUUGAAUUAAAGGCAAGCUCAUAUUUCAGUGUGAGAUUAUCAGACAGUAAAAUAAACAUUCUUUGACGUGUUAAUGUAGUGUAAAGUGUACUGGUCACAACUCUGAUUAUUACACACUGAGUUAAAGUGAUUUAAAGUUUUUGAAACUUGAGGAUCUGCACUUCCGAUUUAUUUUUUUAUGGAGAUGAGAAAUGUUUUAUUGUAGAAUUUUAAGUUGCACUACUUUUUUUUGUGAUUUACUUUUUUUCUGAUCUUAUAUAGUAUAUAACAAUAAAAUAUUUUUGCCAUCUCA